AUGGCGGCCCUGGCGGCCGCGGCGGCCCUGGCGGCGGCCGAGCCUGCACCCGCCGUGCCGCAGGCGGCGGGGAGCGGGGGCCCGACUUCGCGCCGGGACUUCUACUGGCUGCGUUCCUUCUUGGCAGGAGGUAUUGCUGGAUGCUGCGCCAAAACCACAGUUGCCCCCUUGGAUCGAGUAAAGGUUUUAUUACAAGCUCACAACCACCAUUACAAACACUUAGGGGUACUGUCUACACUGCGCGCUGUUCCCCAGAAGGAAGGCUACCUUGGACUGUAUAAAGGAAACGGCGCGAUGAUGAUCCGGAUCUUCCCCUACGGUGCCAUCCAGUUCAUGGCCUUUGAGCACUAUAAAACGUUCAUUACUACAAAGCUGGGAGUUUCUGGUCAUGUGCACAGAUUAAUGGCUGGAUCCAUGGCAGGCAUGACAGCAGUUAUUUGCACUUACCCCCUGGAUGUGGUCAGGGUGCGCCUGGCCUUCCAGGUGAAAGGAGAGCACACCUAUUCAGGGAUCAUCCAUGCCUUCAAGACAAUCUAUGCCAAGGAAGGCGGUUUCCUUGGAUUCUACAGAGGUCUGAUGCCUACUAUAUUAGGAAUGGCUCCAUAUGCAGGUGUUUCCUUUUUUACCUUUGGUACCCUGAAGAGUGUUGGGCUUUCCUAUGCUCCCACCCUGCUUGGCCGACCUUCGUCCGACAACCCCAAUGUCUUAGUUCUGAAAACUCACAUAAACCUCCUUUGUGGUGGUGUUGCUGGAGCAAUAGCACAGACAAUAUCCUACCCAUUUGAUGUGACCCGUCGGAGAAUGCAGUUAGGGGCGGUCCUACCGGAGUCUGAGAAGUGCCUUACCAUGCGGGAUACCAUGAAGUACGUCUAUGGCCACCACGGGAUUCGGAGAGGAUUGUACCGUGGCUUAUCUCUGAACUACAUCCGCUGUAUUCCCUCUCAGGCUGUGGCCUUCACAACGUAUGAACUUAUGAAGCAAUUUUUUCACCUUAACUAAAAGAAAAAAAAUCA